AUGAGUUGUUUAUUGAGUUUUGAAAUUUAAUUUAAUUUUAUGCAUGAAAGAAAAAGGAAAGGGUUAUCAUGAGAAAUCAAGAAAGUACCGUGGCGACAUCUAGUUUGAUUUCACGAACGAAUUUUUUUUUUAAAUACUCAUUGUGUGAAAUGCGCCAUUAAUAAAAAAAGAAAGUUUACCUUACUUGUCGUUGUCACUGUCAGCUGUCAAGUAAGUCAAAGUCAAGAAAAAAAAUAGAGUUUAUGGUUAGGAAAAUUAUAAUCAUGCCUAUUUUAUUAUUUAAAGUUUGAUAAACAAUAUUUUAGAAUUACUUGAAAAUGUCGGUACCGUGUGAUAUGUUAUUACAUCCAGAGCUUUUAAGUAAUAGUCAACUUAUAGCUCUAAUCAAAGAGCGACGUCUUCAUAUCCCUGAUGUGGAACGUAUGCAUAGAGAUGAAUUAUUACAAGUUUUUCAUAGUUACUGUGUUCCGUAUGGUCAAAGAAAAUACAGAGACACAGGGAGAGGGAAAAUAUUAAAUCAAGCGCGAAAUGUAUCUUCAGAGCCUGCAGUGAAACUUAACGUAUUUAACGAUAGUCAUCACAGAAAAAUAUCACAUAUGGAUAAUUGUGAAAGAUUAAAACCUCCUCCUGAUUUAUUAUCUGGGCAUUUGAAGAGAAUUAAAUUAGAUAUUAAACCUGUGUCUGAUGUUAUCAGUUCUAAAAGAAAAAUGUCUAUUGAUUCGGUAAGUGUUUUGCUUAAAUAUAAACUUAAUAAAGUUUGAGGCAUAUUUUAUAGAAACUUCUUAACAUAAGUAAUCAAACAAAGAUGCUUUAUAUAGUAACCAUUACUAUAAUCCAG